GGAGAGAGGGGAGGGAUCACUCGUCGCUCCUCUGUUAUGGAGUAAUCAGUAAUGGUUAAUUGGUUACUAGUUACCAAUUUAUUUAAAAAGGUCAAUGGAAAAACUCCGAAAAAAAAUGGAGGAAGAAAAAGUACGAAUUUCUGCCACCCCGGCUGCUAAUGCCGAUGCCAUAACCUGCCUGCACCAACCUCUAGCUCCUCUCUCUUUCUCUCUCUCCCAGACAGGCAGCGCAGAGGAGAAGUAAAAGAGGGUGAAUGAGCGAUGAACUGUAUGCAGAGGGGCUGCAGAGUGUGAUGUGACCCAUCGAACAACCUCAUCGUGAUGUGAUCCCCGUCUCGCUCUUGCUCUCUCUCUCUCUCCCUCUCUCAUCUAUGAAAUCUCCCUCCUUUUCGUUCGCCCAAUCCUCCUUGGUACUGCAGCAGCUGCGGCAGUAAGUAGGAUUGCAGCUGCGGCAGCGGAAGGAAGAAGACGGCGUUGUUCCUCUCCCUCCCUCGCUCCCAUUGCCUCCUUUCCACUGUGGACGACUCCGUUCGGCACGAAAGAUCGGAUCUUGGAUCCCCGCCUCCUAGCGCCUUCCGGCAAUGGCUGUGCGGUGGGGCGGGCUCGCUGUCUUGGUCCUGCUCGGGGGUUUGAGCUCCGUACCCGGGGAAGCAAGCGACGGUGCCGUAUUACUGGAGAUCAAGAAGUCAUUCCGUAAUAUAGGCAAUAUAUUGUAUGAUUGGACGGAUGCUCCAUCUUCUGACUAUUGUUUGUGGCGAGGGGUCGCCUGUGACAAUGCAACAUUUAGUGUUGUGGCACUUAAUCUAUCUGGCUUGAAUCUUGACGGGGAAAUAUCUCCUGCUAUUGGAAACCUGAAGAGCCUUGUUUCUAUUGAUCUGAAGGCAAAUCGAUUGUCUGGACAAAUUCCAGAUGAGAUUGGUGCUUGUUCUUCAUUGAAAACAUUAGACUUGUCUUACAACAACAUCUUCGGGGACAUCCCUUUUUCGAUAUCAAAACUGAAGCAAUUGGAGAACUUGAUAUUGAAGAACAAUCAAUUGGUUGGACCUAUUCCAUCAACUUUGUCGCAAAUUCCAAACUUGAAGAUAUUGGACCUAGCUCAAAAUAAAUUGAGUGGCGAAAUACCAAGGCUUAUCUACUGGAAUGAAGUGUUACAGUACUUGGGGCUCCGCGGUAAUAGCUUGGAAGGAAAUUUGUCCCCUGAUAUGUGUCAGUUGACUGGGUUGUGGUACUUUGAUGUGAAGAACAACAGCUUGACUGGAAAUAUCCCGGAGAGCAUUGGAAAUUGCACCAGUUUUCAGGUUUUGGAUUUGUCAUACAAUCAGCUUACUGGAGAAAUUCCAUUUAAUAUUGGCUUUUUGCAAGUUGCUACACUAUCUUUGCAAGGGAACAAAUUUACUGGACCCAUUCCACCUGUGAUUGGUUUGAUGCAAGCUCUUGCCGUACUAGAUUUGAGUUGCAAUCUUCUUAGUGGACCAAUUCCUCCUAUUUUGGGUAACUUGACCUAUACUGAGAAACUGUAUCUGCAAGGUAACAAGUUGACUGGGUCAAUCCCACCGGAGCUUGGUAACAUGACAAGGCUUCACUACCUGGAGCUGAAUGAUAAUCAGCUCACUGGUUACAUUCCACCUGAGCUUGGAAGCCUCACUGAUUUGUUUGACUUGAAUAUUGCAAACAACAAUCUGGAGGGACCUAUUCCUGAAAAUUUGAGUUCAUGCGUGAAUCUAAAUAGUUUAAAUGCACACGGCAAUAAACUACAUGGAACCAUUCCCCGAGCAUUUAAGAAACUAGAGAGCAUGACUUAUCUGAACCUCUCAUCAAACAGAUUAAAGGGAUCUAUACCCAUUGAAUUGUCAAAAAUCAGUAAUUUGGACACUCUAGACAUAUCGGGCAAUGAGAUGAAUGGUCCCAUACCUCCCUCUAUUGGUGGUUUAGAACACCUUCUGAAAUUGAAUUUGAGCAACAACCAAAUUUCUGGUAACAUACCUGCUGAAUUCGGAAACUUGAGGAGUAUUGAGGAGAUUGAUUUGUCAAAAAACUACUUGUCCGAUACGAUUCCUGAGGAACUUGGACUGCUUCAGAAUCUGGUCACACUGAAUUUGGAAAACAACAAUUUGUCUGGUGGUAUCACAACUCUCACUAACUGCCCAGGUCUCAUCGCCCUGAAUCUGUCCAAUAAUAAUUUAGUUGGUGAUGUUCCCACAGAUUACAACUUCUCCCGAUUUUCUCCCGAAAGUUUUAUAGGAAAUCCUGGUCUUUGUGGCUAUUGGCUAAGCUCUCCUUGCCACUUCCAUCCACCACAUAGAGCUCCAUUCUCAAAAGCUGCCAUUUGGGGCUGUGCCUUGGGAGCUUUGUUAAUCCUUUUGGUGGUCUUAGUCCUCGCCUGUCGGCCACACAGACAAACUCCAUUUUCAGAUGGCUCACUACAAAAACCAGUCAAUACUAUUUCUCCAAAGCUGGUGGUCCUUCACAUGAAUAUGGCUCUUCAUGUGUAUGAGGAUAUUAUGAGAAUGACAGAAAACCUCAGUGAGAAAUAUAUUAUUGGUUAUGGUGCAUCAAGCACAGUAUACAAGUGUGUUCUGAAGAGCUGCAAGCCAGUAGCUAUCAAGAGAUUGUAUUCUCAGCAUCCCCACAACUUGAAGGAAUUCGAAACCGAACUCGAGACGGUGGGGAGUAUCAAGCAUAGAAAUCUGGUCAGCCUCCAAGGAUACUCCUUGUCCCCCUUCGGCAACCUCCUCUUUUAUGAUUACAUGGAGAAUGGCAGCCUAUGGGAUAUCCUACAUGGUCCUACAAAGAAGAAAAAGCUGGAUUGGGAUGCACGGCUUUGUAUCGCCCUUGGUUCGGCGCAAGGCCUGGCUUACCUCCACCACGACUGUAGCCCUCGAAUCAUACAUCGAGAUGUCAAGUCGUCGAACAUACUCCUGGACAAAGAUUAUGAACCUCAUCUCACAGAUUUUGGCAUUGCAAAGAGUCUUUGCAUCUCCAAGACUCACACGUCCACCUAUGUGAUGGGCACAAUCGGAUACAUUGAUCCGGAGUAUGCUCGGACGUCUAGAUUGAACGAGAAAUCUGAUGUUUAUAGCUUCGGCAUUGUUCUACUCGAGCUUCUGACCGGGAGGAAGGCUGUCGACAAUGAGUCUAAUCUUCAUCAGUUGAUUUUGUGCAAGGCCUCUAGCAAUGCUGUCAUGGAGACGGUAGAUCCGGACGUCUCCUCCACAUGCAAAGAUCUCGGGGACGUGAAGAAGGUUUUUCAACUGGCACUCCUCUGCACCAAAAGGCAACCCUCAGACCGGCCGACGAUGCACGAGGUGAGCCGCGUGCUCGGAUGUCUUGUGCAGCCAGAUCCAACCCCAAAGCAGGCAGCUCAACUGCCGCUGCCGCAAGUGCCCAGCUACGUCGAUGAGUAUGCUAACCUCAAGACACAGAACGCCCUCAGCUGUGUUACCUCACAGAGCACGUCCGACGCGCAGCUCUUCCUCAAGUUCGGCGAGGUGAUAUCGCAAAAUUCCAUUUAAAACCAAUCAGAAUUGCACUAUGUAAUAUGUUUUGGCACAAGAUGAUUAGCCACAAUAUAGUGGAGUAGAGGGAUCUCUUGUGUUGCUCUAAAAUUAACGUAGGGAAUGCUGCUAUGUUUUGUUAUAUAAGGAAUAGAUUACUGACAGUGUCA